AAAAACCACAGAUGAAAAAUUGCAGAUUGUUUUGAAUUAUCUUGCAAAAAAAAAGGUGUUUGAUUUGAUUUUGAUUAGAUUGAUUACCGCAUAAAAUGUCGUAGAAUUUGAUUAAUUAUUAAUUAGUUACUGUAUUAAAAGCUAGCAAACCCACCAACAUGGAAGACACCGAUAGCCAAGAAUCUAGUAAAGUAGUCACUGUAAAUAUCGAAGAUUUAGUAAAAGAUGGAAGAAACAAGUAUCCAGUGGUAUGUGUCCGAUGCCCCUCUAGAAUACUCAAUUCGAACGCCGCAGAUUAUAAAGAAAUAGAGUUUCCUCUGCCGCUAAUGACCCUAGCAAAGGAUAAAAUCCGUAAUGAAACGAUCGAUAAGGAAAAUCUAAACCAAUUUUGGAUGGUUGCUGAUAAAUACGGUUUCGAAAACGUCGGCUUUUCAAAUACAGUAUCCGGCCUGAAAUAUUUGACUUGCGCCGAUUGUGAGAUCGGACCGAUUGGUUGGUUUGAUCCUGCAUCUCAAUUGAGUUACGUUUCUUUAUCGAGGAUUAAGCAUUUAUCAUAGAUUAAUUCGUGUUUAUCGGGAGAUCUCGCCGAAAGGAUACAGGACGCUAAAAUAUUCUAUUUUUAGUAUUAUUAUGUAUGUAUACGUAUGCUAAUUUGUGUGUGUGAUAUUACAAAGUGUCCUAUUCUUUUAAUUUUCCCGGUCCCGAAUCAAAUACGUCUUCCAGUUUGUUCUUGAGUGGUUUGACAUUCCUCUUGCAACGUUUACCGUCUAUCGAUUAUCAGUUAAUGUAAAAUGAUCUGAAUUAUGGAUUUACAAUUGCUUGGAAUCGAGCUACUAGUCUAUAUGUUUAUAUGAUAAGAGCUUAAAAUUUUUUAUCAUCGCUUUAUACCAUUUAAAUGGCGUUUGUUACUACGAUUCUGCGUUUUAUUAUUUUUCUUUCGCCAAAUUGUACAAUAUUUAUCAAUUCAUUUUUUUCAAAUAAAUGAAAUUUGGAAAUUUUUCA